GUAGCUGCGCUUCCGAUGCACGUACUGUCCCGGAACUUAGAAGUAGCCUCCGUGCUGCUGUGUGGUAGAUAGUGGAUCGCAUCCUCCUGCAGCGGCUGCGGCAGUGACACCGGCUGUUACUGUCCCACAGCGGAGUAAUGGCUAUGGCAGUCAGCAAUCCUGUUAAAGAGUUAGAGGAUGAAGUGACCUGUCCGAUUUGCCUUGAUAGCUUCAAAGACCCGGUCUCUAUAGAGUGUGGACACAGCUUUUGCCGAGCAUGCAUCUCUCAAACAUGGAGAGGGAUCCGCAGCAAUUUCUCUUGCCCCCAGUGUCGAAAAAUAUCCAAGUGGAAGUUUUUUAGACCCAACCGUCUUGUGGAGAAUGUAGUGGAAAUUUCAAACCGUUUGCUUGCUGCAGGUGAAAACAAAGAGCAUGGGAAAAAGUGUAAUAAGCACCAAGAGCUGUUGAAACUUUAUUGUCAAGUGGAUGCAGAAGAAAUCUGUAUAAUAUGCAGAGAAUCAGUGUAUCAUCGGACUCAUGCGGUAAUACCAGUAGAAGAAUCCACAAGCGAAUUUAAGGUUGAAAUUAAAGAUCAUCUGCAAGAAUUAAGAAAGAAGGUUGCAGAUAUUGUGCAAAGCAAAGCUCAAGAGGAAGAAAAGGCUCGAAAACUUAAGGACGAAAUUAUGCAGAAAAAAAAAAUGGUUACAGCAGAGUUUGAAGCUUUGUGCCAGCUACUGGCUGACCAACAAGUAAGCAUUAUUCAUCGUUUGGAACAGAUGGAGAAAAGAGUCGUACAGACAAGCAAUGAAAGCAUAACUAGACUAACUGAGCAGCUUUCAUCUCUCCAGAAAGUCAUUAUGGACCUUGAAAAAAAUUGUGCCGAUUUAAAAGGCCAAACUAAUCAGAAAUUGACACCCACUGUACACAGUCAUUCUCCUGUAGUUUCCUGUUCUAAGCCCAGACCACACAGUCAGCAAGACUUCAUAGCAACAUUAGACUAUGUGAAGGCAUUCACUGUUCCAGUGUCCUUGGACCUUAAAACUGCCAGUCCCAAUCUUCUCGUAACCUACAACAAAAAAUGUGUUCAGUACGAUGACAUUGCCACCGAUGUGGUUCCAUAUCCUGAGAGAUUUGAUUCAAAACCAUGUGUAUUGGCAAACACUGGAUACCGAUAUGGGAAACGUUAUUGGGAAGUUGAUGUGGGAGGUGGCAUAUAUUGGACCAUUGGGGUUGCCAGACAGUCUAUACGCAGGAAAGGUGCAUUUAAAAUUGAACCCAAUGGUGGAAUAUGGGCAAUUGGUUUACUUGGCAUGUAUACAGAUAGAUACUAUGCCUUUACCAAUCCAGACACCCUUCUGCUUCCUCAGGAGCCUCCUGAAGUUAUUGGAGUCUUCUUGAACUGUGAUGAAGGCUAUUUAUCUUUUUAUAAUGCUGUGAAUAUGGAGCACCUAUACACAUUCCAAUCUGUAGAAAUCUAUGAUAGGAUGUUCCCCUUUUUUUGCGUGGGGGCUGUGGGAACAGAGUUAAGACUGUUUUAAUAUGUUUAGUUGUAGGUGUCACCAGUCUGUUCUUUCUGCUUUCAGUGGCUCCUCUUUUCUCCGUCAACACAAUCUUUCUUUCUGUGCUGCUUUCUGGCAGGGAAAAAGAUCACUGGCCGGCUCUUUCCAGUAUUGCUAAUGUUUCUGACACCAGCUCAUGUCAGGGAAAAGUUUCAAAGAUUUUUGGAAGUUUUUGUCCUCCUAAUGUUCCUAUGUUUUAAUACUAACAGCACUAUAGUUCCUGUCAUAGUUCUUACUGGAUGCAGUUCUGCCCCUCUUCAUAUGUUCUUGGUGUAUAUACAUGAAAAGUAUUUGAAAUGCAUAGAAAUUACAUUCUAAUUAAGAUCAGUUAUAAUGAUCUCUACCUCAAGUUCUACCCAGAGUAUGCUACUCCACCCAUCAUAUUUCUGGGUUCAGUAUGAUUGACCGACAGACAGGAUGCCGGCGGUCACCAUACCAAUGCCGGCAUCCCGAUGUUUGAAAUCCAGACAGGGUUGAGGUAAGCAUGUUCCCCCUCUCCCCUACCCCCUAAAUAUCCCUUCCUGCAACCUAACCUCCCCCCUGGUGCUGCCUAAACAUAUCCCCCCCCCCCCACAGCCUAAACCUACCCCUUACUGCCUAAACCCCCCCACCCCCCUUCGCAGUGGUGCCUAGCCCUAACCCUCCCUCCCCCGAUGUCUAAUCCCCUCCCUAGCAUCCUACCCCCGCAGCCUAACCUCCUGGGGUGGCGCCUAAACCUAAAUCCCCCCCCCCCCCCCCAGCCCUAAUCCCACCCGCUAUUCUUAUGGUCGGAUGCCAGCUGUCGGUAUUCCAGUGUCAGUCUCGUGGCCCUGUCGGAAUUCCGAAGUCUGCAUUCUGACAGCUGUCGGAAUUCCGACUGCCGGGAUCCCAGCAUCUGGCUUCUUAACUGAAUCCCAUAUAAUUUGUGUGUGCUGCUGCUUGUGUGCAGCCUACCCAUGCAAUGCAAUGUGUGGACAUGACUUUUCUCCAUUUACCGGUGAUCGGCGGAGCAGAGAAGAAUAUCCACUCUCAGCUUUCCUCCUGCAGCUAUUCUCUAUUCAGUUGGUUUUCUGUACAAGUACAGGCAUCAGAAAAGGCUGCAGGAAUGCCAGUGACAAAUUGCACUGUCCAGUUCUACAUACUAUACUCCUUCACAUAGUUUUAGAGCUUUUUAUCAUUUUAAAUAGCAUUUUAUUCUAAAUUAUUAGCGUAUUAAGAUUCUUAAAGCAAAACUACAAUGUACAACUUAUAGGGGAGAAUUCAAGUGUUAGAAAAGUUGGUUGGGUGUCUGUUUUUUCCUGUCUAUUAGAUAGGAAAAAACAGACACCCAACUGACUUUUCAAACAAUUGAAUAUCCCCCAUAAAGUGCAGUAUUUCAUAUGGUUUUUAUCCUUUUUAGCCAAUAUUUAAUCCUGAUUAUUAGAAUUUCAAAUAUUCUAACACAAACUGCUGCAAACUUUUCUGUUUUGGUUAAUGGUCCAGUCCACAUAGUGAUAUCUUUUAUUUUACUGUGCAAAAGGCUUGAUUAUAUUGCAAAUGUAUUGUUUUCAUAAUCUAAAGUAAAGGAAAUUUGAUUGCUGCAAUUA